UUACCGCUGGAGGUCCUAACCUCAAAAGUGUCUACAUUUUCUUUGCAAAAACCGCAAAAGUAUUUCAGUGUUUUUCAGUUAGAAUAUAAAUAUUUUAAUAGUUCUGUGAUUUGAAAACAGUAAAUUCGUUUUGUUUUAUAGCAAAAUGGGCAAAACAACGAAAGAUAAGCGAGAUAUAUACUACAGAAAAGCAAAAGAGGAAGGAUACAGAGCACGCAGCGCUUAUAAACUUCUUCAUAUUGACAACAAAUUUAACAUUUUUGAAGGAGUUUCAAGAGCGGUCGAUUUGUGUGCUGCUCCAGGAAGUUGGAGUCAAGUGUUAUCCAAACGAUUGAAUGAAGUUUACAAAGAAGAAGUUGCCAAGGGAAGAGAUGUUCAACCACCAAAAAUAAUAUCAGUCGAUCUACAGGCAAUGUCGCCGAUAGAAGGUGUAACCCAAAUUCAAGGCGAUAUCACAAAAGUCUCAGUGGCAGAAGAAAUAAUAUCACAUUUUGGAAAUGAAAAUGCCGAUUUAGUGGUCUGCGAUGGUGCACCAGAUGUCACUGGACUACACGAUAUGGACGUAUUUGUCCAAUCUCAGCUACUUUUAGCUGCUUUGAAUAUUACAACACAUAUCCUUAAACCAAUGGGAACAUUUGUGGCAAAAAUAUUUCGAGCAGAUGACAUGUCUCUUCUUUAUUCUCAAUUGAAAAUAUUUUUCUCAUCUGUCAUUGUAACAAAACCACCCAGCUCGCGUAAUUCCAGCUUUGAAGCGUUUGUCGUUUGUAAAAAUUAUUCUCUACCAAAUGGUUACAAACCGCACAUGAUGAAUCCGUUAUUAACUAAUGAAAAGUGCAGUUUUCAAGAAUUAGAAGGAAUCAAUAAAUGUAUUGUUCCCUUUGUUGUUUGCGGAGAUCUCAAUGGACCUGAUUCAGACACAUCGUAUCCAUUAGAUUCAGAAGGAACAUCAUUUAAAUACUGUAAACCAACGCAGUCUCCAAUAGCACCGCCAUAUGAAGAGGCGAUGAUUUUACUCCAGAAAACAAGACUUGGAAAAGCCGAUGGAAGUGUUGUGGUGUUAAAUUCAAUGUUAGAAUCAAUAAGUGACAUGAUAAUAAAAAAUAAGAAAGGAAAUGAAAAUCUUGAGGAAGGGAAAAUUGACGUUAGAGAAAAUGCAGAAGAACAGGAACUAUUAUCAAAGAAUGAAGACGAUGAUAUUGAAUCAUCGGUUGAGAGUGUAAAGAAAAUGAUAGAAGAAAUGAAUUUGUAAAUUAAAUUGUAUUUUUUAGCGUUACUGACUAAUUAAUAACUAAUAAUAAGAAUAAAAUACAAUAUAAUUACAA